AUGGCUCAACUAAAAUUUUCGUACCUUCGAGCGCUUCUCUGCAUUUUGCUGAAUAUCGAGAUUCUAUUUUAUGCCUCUCUUGCCUAUGUUUUUGUUCUAUUGUCGCCGAUUCCAUUUUUCGCAAAUCGUGGAAUAUUUGUGCAUUUAUUGCUGUUGUUGUUUUGCUUUGUGAAACUGAUGGUCUUGAUUGCAGCCAUACUCGGAGUGGUGGCUGAUCGAAAGCAACUACUCAUCCCAAAUGUCAUUGCAUCGAUCUUUCAAUCUCUAAUUCUCGGAGCUCUUCUGUUACUUCUUCUCAUUCGUCUCAAUGAAACGAAUCUCUCGCGAAGAGGAUGGCAGAAUUUUUAUGUCCUUAGUGGAGCGCUAGCACUUUGUUUGACCACAAUGAGCAUCGAAUUUCGAUAUUAUCAACGGAUUGGGCAAAGAAAUGAGAGAAAAGACAUUGUAAGUGAUGCUCAUGUUAUGACGGAAACUCCC